UCCUCACCAUGAAUGCUUCGGAAUAUGUGAUUGGUGGCCUGGCAGCUGUGGGUGCAACGAUUAUUACAAAUCCUUUGGAUGUCAUCAAAACACGUAUACAACUACAAGGUGAGCUGGCGGCGCGUGGCACAUAUGUGGUGCCUUACAAAGGUAUUCUACAUGGCAUGGUCACUGUGAUACGUAAUGAUGGUUGGAUGGGCUUGCAGAAGGGAUUGGUGCCGACUAUGUACUUUCAGUUCAUUGUUAAUGGUGUAAGAUUGGGCAUCUACAGCUCCGCUGUCAACAUGCAAUGGACCAAGAAAAAAAACGGUGGAGAAUCUGUUGGCUUGAGUCUCUUUUGGGGUGCCGCUGGCGGCGCAGUGGGCGCAUACUUUUCGAGUCCAUUUUUCUUGAUAAAAACACAAUUGCAAUCGCGUGCACCAAAACAAGUAGCUGUCGGCUAUCAACACGAUCACACUGGCAUGUUAUCAGCGUUGCGUAAAAUCUAUGGUGAAGGUGGAAUUUCCGGGUUGUGGCGCGGCUCGACAGCAUCUAUAGCGCGUGCUGCUAUCGGUUCUGGCACUCAGCUGGCAACAUUCGGUUCGGUCAAGGCGUUUCUGCGGGAACAGAAUCUCGUUGUUCAACCCACAUUGAAUUCACUCUGUGGUGGUUUCGUUGCUGGUUGUUUCAUCGCAUUGGCUAUGACGCCAUCGGAUGUGGUUAUGACACGCCUCUACAAUCAAGGUUUGGAUGCGAGUGGCAAGGGUCUUUUAUAUAAAGGUUGGUUGGAUUGUUUCGCGAAAACUGUACGCACCGAAAGUAUUUAUGGACUCUAUAAGGGUUUUUUUGCGAACUAUGUGCGCCUGGUGCCGCAUUCGGCGCUUGUGUUGCUCUUCUUCGACGAACUCAUGGCAUUCAAAAAUCGAUUGGGUAUUAAGUAUUAGCGUAAAGCAGAAAACUGGAUUUAUUUCCAAAUAAAGUAAGAAUCUAGAUAAUACUUCUUUGAAAAA